UCGGACUGUGAGGCCGUGUUUCCCGCUGAUACUGAGUUUUCAAAGUCGAGAAAGUAUUAUGUGUUUGCAAGUGUAAAUUUGAAAUUGGUUCUGGGAGAAUCGCGAGAAAAACAAAAGUGGUGCAGUUACGUUUGGUGUCAUAAACUAAAGUGUACUAAUAUUACAAAAUAUGAUAUCGAAGGAAAGAUAUGUGCCGAGAGUUACUCAAUUUGAUGCAGUGGAAUUGGAUGAUGAGAUUGUCAAAAUUCUAAAAAACCAAGUGGUAAAUACUGUUAAAUUUCUGGGAUUUGGAUUUUUUGGUAGAUGGGAGCCAGAGGUUGAUGCCUUACUGAGAUUUAUAAUUUGGAAGCUGUCGGUGAAUAAAGUAUAUGGUACAUUUGGCCAGCAGCUAUUGAAUGUUAGAUAUGGAGGUGAAUUUAAUAAAAAUAAAGCGUAUCUUUUUGCUAUUCUAACGGUUGGAACUCGGUAUCUGAAGCAGCGUUCACAUGAAAUAGCAACUGUUACAAGAAAUCCCAGUCUGUCUGAGAAGAUAAAACUUUUCUUUCAUUGGGCAGAUAUCACCUUUCAGUUGGCAAAUUUGGUAAAUUUGUUGGUGUUCCUAACAGAAGGGAAACACCCAACUUUAGUAGAUCGAAUUCUUGGAUUGCAACCUGUUUCUGUAGCACCUCCAGGUGAAGACCGUACUGUGGGUUAUAGUUACAUGACACGAGAACUUCUGUGGCAUGGGUUGAUUGAGCUUUCUAUUUUUGCUGUACCACUUGUAAAUUACCAUGCUUUGAAGCGAAGAAUAGCUAAUUUAUUCUUAUGGCGGAAGAAGGACAUCGGCAGCAGAGCUGUGGUUUUCAGAAUUGGUAACAAGUGUGCUGAAUGCAAUGAGACACCUGUUCUUCCACAUCAUAUGGGCUGUAGUCAUGUAUUUUGCUUCUACUGCAUUAAGGCGAACCACCUGGCGGAUGAAAAGUAUGAAUGCCCUCUUUGUGGAUUUUCUGCUAAAGAUGCUGCAUCCAUUACACCUCUCUGUUUAAAAUCUUGAUCAGUGAAUGAUUAUUUUAUGAGUAUGUCCUCUUCCAGAAGUUAGAAUUUAAGAUAAAAUUUGAAUGACUGUGUGAUAAGCAAAUGAAUGGAAGUAUGGAAUCAGAGCUGUAUAAAUUCUAACUGAAUGCAAAUCAUGCUCUUAUGGUAUCUUAUAAGCCUUUGAGUAGAAGGUUUCCUCCUCUCUGUCCUAACCCCACAAAAAUACCUUUUUUCCCCCCUUAAUGAUAACAUAUGAUACAGAUCUUAAGAAUACCCUAAUGCACAGUUUAACUGUACUUGGAAGUUUUUUGAAAAGAAAGCCUGUCAUAUGCAUCUGAUGUCCAUGUACUUUUACACAACCUGUUUACUUAUAUUGUAUGAUAUUUUCUUGCAUAUGAACUCUUCUUCUGUUGAUGGAUAAAAUUUGCAGAGCUCACAGUGACCAAAUUCACAGAUUUUGGAGGCAAUAGUAAACCUUCUUAUUAAAAAGAACCCUUAAUGGAAGGAGGUUUAUGACGAUGUACACACAUGAAUUCAUUGUUGAAUGCGAGGUGUCACAUACCAGAAGCUAAUACUCUGUAAAAUGCAUAACAGAUGUUCCAGCCCAUCCAUGUGCAUGUGUCACUUUGGUUGCAGCCUCAAAUUGAAUCCAGUAGUCCAGAAUUCAUCCAUCCAUCCCACUUCUGACACCAGUAUCAUGUGAGGAUGACCACACAGUGGGUUCAGGUUGGAACUGGACUUAUGUGACUCUAAUUCCUGUUCUCUACAACUGUUUACAGGCAUUCACAAUCAUUCAUAGGCCGUCAGACCAUUCUUACUUGGAUCCUAAGCACUUUGUUGUCCCAGGAUCUCAGUUACUGGCUCUGUUUAAUCCAGAACCACUUUGCUGUAUCUUCCAAACCGAUUUAACUUGUAUGUCAUAUGCUAGUUGAUGCCAUCGUCAUGCAGCAAAGGUUGCAUCAGAAAGCACUUUCAGAUCAUCUGGAUGGAGCAUUUGGCUGCAGCUUCAGGCAAACAUAUCAGUACAGUAGUACUCAUAUUGAGUCCUGUCUGGGCUGUCUUCCUACAAUUCUGUUUGCUCUGCUUGUGUGACCUAGUCCAGUCAUGUAGAAAACUUCGCCUGCUAAAUGCCCAGACUCCUUCGCGCCAACACGCUCGCCAUCUGCCUGGUCUCGUUCAUGUCUAUACUCACUUCCAGAAAUUGAAUUUGAGGUUCCCACAGUGGUGGCCAUGAAGAGUACUCUCUGCUGGGAUUUAACACCGUGUAGUCCAAUAGAGAUUCACUGACAUUUUAGAGGAAUGUACAGCUUAUGCAUUCAGGGUUGAAGAGCAAGCCAAACAAGAGACCAGCAAGAAGCGGGUGACACGCAGAAGGUUAAAUGUAACAUAUAUUCAAAGAGCUUACUGAAGUGCUUGGUGCAAAUGCAUGAAACCAAGACUGCUCAGAAGCACAAUGAAGUUGAAAUUUUAAAGUUAUGCUGUGAUUACUGUGAUAUAAAAUUUUUGCAUCUGUUAUGUAAAAUUUGUACUGUAUUAAAUACAACUUUUGAACUGUUA